CCCGUGUUGAUUAUUUGUACAUAAUUUGAAAAACGAGUACCCUUUAAAUAAAAAACCGGGAUCGGAGUCCGGUCGAUAGCAAUUACCAAGUUAGCAACAGUAAUAGACAUCAGUGAUCAGUCGGAUUGGCUGUUGAAGGAACCAAAAGAAGCGCCGUCGCCCCCAAAAGGUUUAGCACCUCUUUCCGCCUCCGUCAGCCGGUGGUCUUCCGGGGACUUGCUAGUUUGGAGUUCUUAUGGCACCCUCUCAUAAACCUAGAAAGCUCAUGAAUUCUUUCUUUCCUCUCGACUGAAUAACAUUUAGGAUCCGAAUUAACGACCAAAUAUGGUUCGACCCGAGCCCUGCGUCUUGUUCUCCCAGACCUUCGUCCACCCUCAACUCGACGAGUACGUUGACGAGGUGUUGUUCGGUGAGCCAGUUGUGAUUACAGCUUGCGAGUUCCUCGAACAGAACGCACCUUCUGGCUCCCAAGUGGUGUCACUGGUUGGGGCUACUGCGCCUCCUUCAUUUGCUUUGGAGGUAUUUGUACAAUCCGAGGGGGAGAUGAGAUUUAGGCGUUUGUGCCACCCCUUCCUCUAUUCUCAUUCGUCGUCAAAUGUUUUGGAAGUGGAGGCUGUUGUAACUAACCAUCUAGUUGUAAGAGGCAGCUACUGCAGUCUGAGUUUGGUCAUAUAUGGAAACACAGCAGAGGAUCUAGGUCAGUUUAAUAUUGAGUUUGAUGAUAACUCUUUGACUAAUCUUGUCACUUCUGCCGAGGGAAAGCUAGAAGAUCUGCCUCUGGCAUUGCAUUCAAGUUCAAGAGUCAUAACAGAAUCAUUAAUCUCUCUGAAAGUAUUAUCUCUUCCUGUCGCCGCUUUGGAUUUGCGUAUGGAAGUCAAAAAGUUCUUACACCUCAUCUCCAAGAUGCUAGAGAUGCCUCUCAUUGAGGGAUCUGUGUACAAAGUUGUAAGUACCAUAGUCAAAGCUGUUUGUUCCCGAGUCACUCAUGAUUCGUAUCACAAGGUAACUGAAGGAGGUGGAUCCAAGGAGCUGGAAGAGUUUUCCCAUGUUAUUGAUGAGGCUACGAACGAGCUUAUUGGAGUCCUUCAUGGUUGUUCAGAGAAUGAUGCAGCCUAGUCAUUGACGGAUGGCAGUUUUCUUGAAUCUGAAGGUGAUAUGGCUACUUCCAAACAAUUGGUGGACAUGUUGCGCUUGUGCCUUUGUUUUGGCAAGAACUCUUCUCAUCCACAGGAGCUUUUAAAGGUGAUUAUCUUACAGAAGCACCUCUUAGCUAUUAUCAACUGUCUUCGAUUUGGAACUUUAGGAUAAGAAGAGAUCUCUUAGUCUCUUUCGCUCAAUCUCAUUAUCUACUGUCUUCCUCAUAUUGUGUGUCAGGAGUAUAUUUCUUACUCUUGUUUGCAAUAUAUCCAUAUUUUAAUU